AUGAACCCUGAGCCGACUCUGACAGCACUUGGGCUCCCGAUGGAGGGUGAUGAUGACGAUAGUUAUGAUGCUGUAGUCCAGAGAUUCCAAAACGUUGUCUCUCAGCUAGACUCAGCUGCUUUGGACGAGCUCAUGAACGAGCAAUAUCGCCAAGCAGGCUCGAUUGCAUAUACGACAGACGAGUACUUCGCAACUGAGCAGGGACAGCAAUGUGCUAAAGUCGGCCUUUACGAACUAUCAAAGGAUACUCGGUCUAGCCAGCCGCCUGGAUGGUGGCCUGAAGUUCAAUCACAGGCUACAGAGUCAUCCUCGAUAAGGCCUCUUGCAGGUCUGAAAGUUGUUGACUUGACACGUGUUAUUGCCGGCCCUGCUGUGACGCGUGGCUUGGCAGAGUUGGAUGCGAGCGUCAUGCGAGUCACGUCGCCCAACAUCACCGAUCUCUCAGCCGUCCAUCAGGAUCUGAAUUGGGGUAAAUGGAAUUGUCACUUGAACAUCAAGAAUCCGGAGGACCAGGAAAAGCUGCGGGAGUUGAUUCGAGAAGCGGAUGUAGUCGUGGAUGGCUACAGACCUGGUGUGAUGGAACGUCACGGUCUCGGCCGCCAAGCUAUCUUCGACCUUGUCAGAGACCGAUCCCGCGGCAUAAUUCAUGUCCGAGAGAACUGCUACGGGUGGCAUGGGCCAUGGAGCCACCGGAGCGGAUGGCAGCAGAUCAGUGAUAUCUGCUGUGGUGUAUCGAUUGGCUACGGUAAGGCGAUGGGCCAUGAUGAGGCAGUGACUCCGGUUUUCCCUAACUCAGACUAUUGUACUGGAGUCUGUGGAAGUGCUGCUGUUCUUGACGCUCUUGUGAAACGAGCCGAGCAAGGUGGCAGUUAUGGCAUCGACGUGGCACUAAAUUACUACUCAGGGUGGCUAGUCCGCUCCUGUGGUAUGUACCCGGAUGAUGUUUGGAAUGAGGUCUGGCAAAGGCAUGGUUCGCCAGUCUUCCGCAAGUACCAUUCUAUGCUCCAUUUACUGCCGUCGAUGAUGAAGUUGUUGAAGGAACACGAUGCCGCCACGCUAUUCAACCCGGAUUUCUUCGAAGCUCGCCAUGCCAAAAAUAUGGACACUACUUUUGUCCAGGUGAAGCCAAUUGCUCAAUUCAACGACCAGAGCGUACAGUUAGGAUACCACGUGGGUACACGGGGUAACGGGGUAGACUACCCUAGAUGGCCGAAAGACCUCAGCGUUGAGACUGUACAGCAAGAUAACUAA